AUGGGGGGCAAGUCUGAGAACAAGGCCAACUAUUUCGACAAGCUCAAGGGCUUGCUCGAGGCCUACACGUCCAUCUUCAUCGUUGAGGUUGACAAUGUCAGCUCCCAGCAGAUGCACGAGAUCCGACAGGCUCUCCGAAGCAAGGGUGUUGUCCUCAUGGGCAAGAACACCAUGGUUCGCCGAGCCUUGAAGACCUUCAUCCCCGACUCCCCCGAGUACGAGCGUCUCCUCCCCCACGUCAAGGGCAACGUUGGUUUCGUCUUCACCAACGACGACCUUAAGGAGGUCCGUGACAUCAUCCUCGCUAACAAGGUCGCCGCUCCUGCUCGUGCCGGUGCUCUCGCCCCUGCCGAUGUCUGGGUUCCUGCUGGAAACACUGGUAUGGAGCCUGGAAAGACGUCUUUCUUCCAGGCCCUCGGUGUCCCCACCAAGAUUGCCCGUGGUACCAUUGAAAUCACCACUGAUCUCAAGCUCGUUGAGGCCGGCUCCAAGGUCGGUCCCUCCGAGGCCACGCUUCUCAACAUGCUUAACAUCUCUCCUUUCACCUACGGCAUGGGUAUCUCUCAGGUUUACGACCAGGGACAGUCUUUCCCCCCCAGCGUUCUCGACGUCGGUGAGGAGCAGCUCCUCAAGACUCUGUCUCAGGCUAUUGCCACCAUUGCCACUAUCUCUCUGGCUCUUAACUUCCCUACCCUGCCCUCAGUUCUCCACUCCGUUGUCAACAGCUACAAGAAGGUUCUUGCUGUUGCCAUCUCCACCGAGAUCACAUGGCCUGAGAUUGAGGAACUCAAGGACCGCAUUGCCAACCCCGAUGCUUAUGCUUCCGCCGCCCCUGCCGCUGCCGCUUCUGGUGGCGCUGCCGCCCCUGCUGAGGCUGAGAAGAAGGAUGAGUCCGAGGAGGAAGAUGAGGACGAGGAGGGCUUCGGCGGUCUUUUUCACAUCCACUUGAUGUACGACUGCCUUCCAGGACUUUGGUUGGGUUUACGACUUAUGUAUCUUAAAAAAGGGGCACAUAGAUCGUCUGCUGGACAAUUGAAUCUGUCGCGACGGUUACGAAUCAAGUUUUGGGACUCAACAUGCGAGUGA